UUUUUCCGGUGCGAGAACGUUAUGUGUGGGCUGGGGCUGCUGCCUUCUUGCUUGAUUGGCAGUGUGUGGUGAGGGUGUGACGUUGUUGCAGGCGUUGAUGCAAGGGCUGCUGCCACAGCGAUGGAAGCAAAGAAGACAUCACUUGUUCACGACACACACAGAGCUGUCUGUCUGUCACUGCCGCUCUUCUUUGCUUUGCCCUGCUUCUUUUCCUUCUCCUUCCUCAUCAUUCGUUCAUUUCCUGCUCUGUUGAUCUUGACAACCCACACACACGCACACGCACACCAGGCUUGCGUUUGUUCACUCAAUCUUCGUCGCUUUCCUCCCACAACCAAGAACCACCAUGGCGAGCACCGCUAUGGCUGCAGUGCGCCAGACUGCUCCCAGGGCUGCAUCGGCAUUGGCGGCUUCUGUGAGCCGACGACCGCUGUCGCACACAACCGUGCUGCCACCCAUCUCGAACGAGCCUGUUCGCGAGUACCCACCCGAGUCCGAGGAGCGCAUGGAGCUCCUUGCGGCGUGCGCCCGCGUUCGCUCCGAGACAGUGGACAUUCCUUGCGUCAUCAACGGCAAGGAGGUGUUUACCGGCAACACCAUCGAGCAGCGCGCGUGCUCUGACCACCAGCACGCCGUCGCCCGCGUGCACCUCGCAUCUCCGGAGCUCAUUCAGGAGGCCAUUGACACGUCGCUGAGUGUGCGCGAGGAAUGGGAGCAGCUUGACUUUGAGCACCGUGCGGCGGUGUUCCUGAAGGCGGCGGACCUGCUGAGCACCAAGUUCCGCAACGAGGUCCUUGCGGCCACGAUGAUUGGCCAGGGCAAGAACAUGUUUCAGGCGGAGAUUGACGCUGCUGCGGAGGCGGCCGACUUCUACCGCUUUGGCGUCAAGUAUGCCAACGAGAUUUACGCCGAGCAGCCCGCGCACCACGCGCAGCACGUGUGGAACAGGGUCGAGUACCGCGGGCUGGAGGGCUUUGUUGCCGGCAUCCCGCCAUUCAACUUCACGGCCAUUGGCGCCAACCUGGGCGCAACCCCGGCCAUCAUGGGCAACGUGGUGCUGUGGAAGCCGAGCGAGAACGCCGCCCUGUCCAACUACGUGGUGUUCAAGGCGCUGCGCGAGGCCGGCCUGCCCGACGGCGUGGUGAACUUCGUCCCUGCCGCCGGGCCAACCUUUGGCGACAAGAUUGUGUCGUCGCCAGAUCUCGCCGCCAUCAGCUUCACGGGCUCCACGCGCACGUUCAACACGCUGUGGAAGGGCGUGGCAGACAACCUGGACAAGUACAAGACGUACCCGCGGCUCGUUGGCGAGUGCGGUGGCAAGAACUUCCACUACGUGCACAACACGGCGGACCUCGACAACGCGGUGUACAGCACCAUCCGCUCGGCAUUUGAGUACCAGGGACAGAAGUGCUCUGCGUGCUCGCGGCUGUAUGUGCCGGAGUCGAUGUGGCCCGAGUUCCGCGACCGCAUGCUUGACUGCAUGCGCGACAUCCAGGUUGGCGAGCCGGACGACUUCAAGACGUUUAUGACGGCUGUGAUUGACGAGAAGGCGUUUGACAAGAUUGUGUCGUACAUCAACUACGCCAAGGAGUCCAGCGAGAUGGAGGUGCUUGCAGGCGGCGAGGCGGACAAGAGCGUCGGCUGGUUUGUGCAGCCCACCCUCGUGCAGAGCACCAACCCGCACUCCAAGCUCAUGGAGGAGGAGAUUUUCGGGCCCGUCAUCACCGCUUACGUCUACCCAGACGACCAGUGGGAGGAGACGCUUGACCUUGUGAACAAGACGUCACCAUACGGCCUGACGGGCUCCAUCUUCUCUGCCGACCGCAGCGUCAUUGACACGGGUCUCAAGAAGCUGCGCCACGCCGCAGGCAACAUCUACAUCAACGCGAAGAGCACGGGGUCUGUUGUUGGGCAGCAGCCGUUUGGUGGUGCUCGCCGCUCCGGCACCAACGACAAGGCCGGUGCGUCGUCCUACCUUGCCCGCUUCACCUCCAUGCAGGCGGCAAAGGAGUGCCUUCUCUACCUCGAUGACUGGAAGUAUGACCACAUGAAGUGAGCGCAAGCGACCCACACGGGCAUGCACACGCAUGCACCUUGGUGCUCUCUCUGUGCGUCAUGUUGUCGUUGUCGUCAUCGCCAACACCUGCUCGCUUGUGGUUGGCCAUAAUCAUCCCUGUUCUCUUCCCCCUCCUGUUUCUUUCUUCCUCUCUUCUUUGUGUUCGAAACCCCCCAAAGCGAAUCAUACCGACUGUUCCCUUCCAAUCUGAGUAAACAGGCUCCAAGCGA